CUGGUGCUGCGCUGAGAUGCUUCAAAGCCUUAUUAAGAAUGUCUGGAUCCCCAUGAAGCCCUACUACACCCGAGCUUACCAGGAGAUUUGGGUAGGAGUGGGGUUGAUGGGCUUCAUUGUUUAUAAAAUCAGGAGUGCUGAUAAAAGAAGUAAAGCCUUGAAGGCUCCCAGUCCUGCACCUGCUCAUGGUCACCAUUAACCAGCAUUAUGUGGAUAGAAC